GUUCAUGUACUGAACUCCAUGACAGCAGACACAAACAGCUGUGAUUAGCUGCAGAAUCAGUGUAUUACACCAACUAAACCUUGGAGAAGUAUAAUGGACAAAGAGAGGAAGAUGAUGAUAUUCUGUCUGCUCGUGGCAGCUCUCAGCAGCCCUGUUUUUACUGAAGAAUGGAAGGCCGAUGUUGUAAAAUUCCUUGAUGCCCUGGUUUCAUCCUGUGUUGUGGUACCCUGUUCAUUCACCCAUCCUAGAGGACCCCUGCCCACGUCCAGGCUCAGAGGAAUCUGGCAUCGUUCAACCAAUCACAAAGAAUACAUCUAUAACGAGGAUAACACUCUGAUCGUUGACAGCUUUAGGGGUCGCACAAAGUUGUUGGGAGCUUUGGGUCAGAACAACUGCACCUUAGAAAUCAUUGACAUUAAAGACCAUGACAACGGCCCUUUCUGUUUCCGGAUUGAGUUAGCAAAAACAUCGACUGAUACAUCCACCACUGACAAGUUCUCCUUUGUUGAGCAGUGUGUCGAGUUUAGGAUGCUCACUGAUCCUCCAAAACCUAUACUGAAUCACGCAAAUACAGCCAUUCAAGAUCAUCCGUACACUGUCACCUGUUCAGUCACCCACACCUGCCCCUCCCAUGUGCCUAAACUCACAUGGAAUAAGGGAACUGCAGACAUGGCCACUGAGAUCCGCAGAGAAGUUCAAAGGGGCUUGUGGGAGGUGCAGUCCAUCCUGACGUUCAUUCCUGAGGAGAAGGAUGACCACACUGAUGUCACCUGCACAGCAGCAUUUCAUGGAAAGCCUGAGUCCUCUGAAACCAUGACACUCUAUGUAAAACGUGCAGAAAACUACAACCACAUCAUCAUUCCCACAGCGGUGGGGAUCGGUACUGCUGUGCUCUUUGGAGUCUUCUGCAUCUUAAUGGUGAAAAAAUACAAGAAACGCAUUGCAGAGCUUCAAAAUCAAGAAGGCAGAUAAUCGAAGGAAACCAGAAUAAAUCUGCCCUCUAUCACUGUCUGCUACAGUGUCUUUUUUAAUGCCAACACUGUGGAGACAUCAAAGCCAUAAUGUUUAAAAUGGUACAUUCUACAUAAAAUAAUUUGUUGGAGGUUGCAUUUAUUUGUUUGAUAAGCUUGCUUUCAUGUUAUUCACAUAUUAGCUUCAGAGAAAUUACAUUACCUUAAUAACAACUUAAAUAAAUAGAACACAAAAAACAAGAUAAAAGAUUCUGUUCAAAGCUUGAAUGUUUUAGCAGCCAAUCUCCUAAAAGCAAUGUUUUUUUUUUACUCUAAUCAUAUUUAGAAGUCAGUGCAGAAGUGGCUAAUUAUCAUUCCUUUAUAUUCACUUUGCUUUGUACAUUUGUCUUGUCAUCACACAUGUUUAUGAAGAGAAGCUACAAAUAAAUAAAUAAAUAAAUAGUUAAACAAAUGUUCUUCCAGAAAAGAAAACUUGAUUCACAAUCUACUGGCAUGUGAUAUUGCAGGCACUGUGUUUGGUUUUCUCAGUAAUUAUAGCCAGCAGUGAUACAGUCUGCUGUCUUGUGUGAAUGUGUGAAUUCUGAUAAUAAUGUUAUCUGAACUUUUAUGAACCUUAGCACCAAAUUUAAAGGGUUUAAAUCUCUAUUUGAAGAGAAAUGUGUUAAAACUGUUUUCCAUCUCAAUACUGAAAAUGUUGAAUUUUAUUUUACCAACACCCACCACUUCCUGUUGUCUGAAAAGUAAUAAGACAUUUUUCUUUGUACAUUAAAUUUUAACUUGUG